CUGGCCAGCUCGAGCUGGAGAACCACAAUUGGAACCCGAGCCCGGGUGCCGGGCGGCUGAUUGGGCUCGAGCUCCGCGGCUCGCAGGUAAACAUUGCAACAAAACUCAACCAGCACUCCAUGCUCGGCCGGACCCGCUCCCGAACAGCCUGUCUCCUUGCAAAAUGCCGAAGGGGGGGUCUGGACGCCACCAGGAUAUCGAGGUGCUUUUCGAACCCGCUGCUCUCACCAGGAACUGGGAGAAAGUGGAGGUGCUGGCCCCAUGCGCUGGCUAGUCACUCCGGCUUUAGUUUGGACCUGGUUCCCGGCAGUGAGUGUUGUGCAAUCAAUGUGCCAGAAUUAGGAUGUGAAAGAUACCAGGUACACUACAGUAGACUCACUCUCUGUGAGGGACAUGGAGGCAGUAACUUCAAAGACACUGGAAGAAGGCAAUACUAUGAUACUUAUGGAUUGUGAUCAGCAAAGCAACGAAGAACUUCAGCUAGUGUUAACACCCGAGUCUGAUGCGGCUUCCAUAAGGGAUUCGCCUGCUAACACGGAUUGGUUACUGUCAGAUUCAAAUGCUAAAGACUAUCUGCAAUAUGAUGCCCCUGAGGGGACACAAAAAGCAGAGGAAACUGAAAAAAAGAGGCUGAAGCCAAGAAAGAGGAAAAAAAAUCCAUCUGCAAAGAAUGAAAUCAGUAGUUUGCUGGCAGAACUUCCAUUCCCACAAGCAGAAAUCAGGGAAGAGUAUGGAUUCACUGCAGCCCCUGAAAAGAUAUCAAAGAGAAAGCGUACUUCAGGUGGUGAGAAUGAAGAUGAUGUAGGUCAAAAAAAGAAGAAAAAGGCUCAUCCAAAUUACUUUGUAUCUAUCCCAAUAACAAACCCAAAGAUUGUAGAUGGCAUCAAGGCUGUGCAGGACAUUGUGGUCCAAACGGACGAAAGACUCUCCAAGGCCAUGAUACCAGUUCCCUGCCUUCAUGUCACUAUUCUUGUGAUGUACCUUGCAAAUGAAAUGGAGGUGAACAAAGCAGUGAAUGCUGUUGAAGAAUGCAAGGAGAUGGUGCAGAAAAUCUUACAAGGACCACAGCUGGCCCUGCGAUUUCAAGGGAUUGCAGAUUUUAGAGGUGAAGUGGUGUUUGCACAGCUGGUGCAAAAUGAACACCUGACAACACUGGCACAUAUUGCAGAGACUGUGAAGACAAGACUCCAAGCAAAUGGCAUUUUGACUGGAGACAGCAAAGCUUUUAAACCUCACCUGACCUUUAUGAAACUAUCAAGGGCACCAAAACUACGUCAGCAGGGAAUUAAGAAGUUUUCUCCAGAACUAUAUAAAAAUUUUGAAGAUCAUUAUUUUGGUGAUGAGAUUGUGACUUGUCUACAUCUUUGCUCCAUGCUGAAGAGGAAACAACCAAAUGGCUAUCACUGUGAGACGUCGGUUGCUGUGGGAGAAAAGAAAGAACCUGAUGAGGAAGAAUUGGUCAGUCUGAGUAAACGACUAGUGGAGACCGCUGUGAUUAAGGCUGUACAGCAGUACCUAGAGGAAACACAAACUAAAGCAAAACGGAACACAAAUGGGCAGAAAAUAACGUUUAAAGACAUUGACCCAAACAAUGGCAGCAAGAAAUGAAAAUGUUACAUUUGAAAACACGUGUUUAGUGUGUGCAGAGAAUAUUUUUAUGAGUACACAUGAUCAUUAUCUCAAGCAUUCAAUAUACCAAGGAUGAAAAAGCUGGGGGAAAAUUUUAAUUGAAAUGAAAAUAAUGAAGACCUUCACACAAUUUAUUCUUCCAGUGCAACUACUGCAGGAAAGCGUGACCUUCUGCUAAAUGCUUGUGUUUGGACCUCAAAUGUGACGAAAUGGCCUCACUUAUCGAAAAUAUUGGUUUGCUUCUUCUCAAUGUCACCAAGUUCAUGGAUUUAAUUUGUACAACUACGAUUCUUUUUAUUGUAGCAGCAAAGGGAGUGAAACACAAUAACAGAGAAUAAAUCUAAAAUGAUUGAAGAUAGUCCAUAUGUAAAACUGUUUGAGCUCUUGCAACAGACUAAGCAGAUUUAUUCAUUUCACAAAACUAAGUUAUAUGUAAGCUGAAUUGGCUUGUGCACAUGGAUUCUACCAAUAUUUAUUUAUGAUGAUGGUUGUAUUUGUGACACAGUCUACUUUUCUUUUACAUUUUUUAAAUUUGGAUCAUAAAUAGUAGAAUUAAAUCAGCUUUUGUUAAA